GGGGGAGGCGCCUAUUGCUUGCACACUUGCACUACUAUCAAACCGGAGCACAUUUUCCCAGCCUGCUGCUGCUGCUGCGUCCUCUGCAGCUCAAAAAAAAAAAAAAACACAAAAAGAACAUUUCCCGCCACAGGAGGAGCAGGAUUUCCUCACUGGAAGCGUUUUACCUACCCUGCCAUGGAAGCUGUCCCAGGAUUGGAACAUAGUGCUGGGAGGUCAUUGUCUUCCUAUGGGUGUCCUUUAAGGUCUCCAAGGACUGGUGUCCUUUGGCUGCUGUGGACUCUGCUGACCCACGUGUGGACCUUCAACCUGGAUUCCACUCACACUCUGCACAAAGUGGGCGACCCCGGGACAUUUUUUGGCUUCUCUCUUGCACUUCAUCAGCAGCUCACACCAGAACCUCAAAGCUGGAUUCUGGUGGGGGCUCCCCAGGCAGCAGGCCGUGGUUCCUUGCGGGGCAGUCGACCGGGAGCUCUGUUCAAAUGUCCAAUCACACCCGAAGAGUAUGACUGCGAGAGGGUGGACAUUGACAGUGAAGUGGUUCUAAGCAGAGAGAGCAAAGACAACCAAUGGCUGGGUGUUACUGUCAAGAGUCAAGGCAUUGGAGGCAAGGUGGUGACUUGCGCUCACCUUUACGAGCUCAGGCAACGUGUGCACCAGGCCUCGGAAACACGCGACCCCAUCGGACGUUGUUACGUCCUGAGCGAGGACCUGACAGAGCGAGACGACCUGGACGGAGGGGAGUGGAAGUUCUGUGAGGGUCGACCACAGGGUCACGAGCAGUUUGGAUUCUGUCAGCAGGGUCUUGCUGUCAGUUUCACCCCAGAUAACAACUUCAUUCUGUUUGGGGCGCCUGGGACCUACAACUGGAAAGGUGAAAUGCGCGUGCAGCUGCUUAACCAGACUCUGCUCGACCUCGGUUUCUAUGACGACGGACCCUACGAGGUGGCAGAUCAGAAACAGCUUAACGCCCAGCUCAUCCCGGUGCCCUACCACAGUUACCUGGGAUUCUCUGUGGACUCGGCCAUGGGGAUCAUGAACCUGGGGGAGCUGACCUUUGUGGCAGGUGCACCCCGGGCUAAUCACACUGGGGCCGUGCUGCUGCUACGUAAAGACAACGUUUACCGCCUGGUGCCGGAGCACAUUUUCUGGGGGGAGGAGCUGGCCUCUUCUUUCGGAUACUCCGUGGCGACCACCGAUCUCAACAAUGACGGCUGGACCGACCUGAUUGUGGGAGCUCCGAAUUUCUUUGAUCGCAAAGCAGAGAUUGGCGGCGCCGUCUACGUGUACCUGAAUCCCUUUGGUCACUGGGAUGAUCAGGCUCGGCCUAUCCGUCUUAAUGGGACAUAUGACUCUAUGUUCGGCAUGACGGUCAGCAAUGUAGGAGAUCUGGACCAGGAUGGAUACGGAGAUAUCGCCGUUGGCGCACCGUUUGAUGGAGACGGCAAGGUCUUCAUCUACAGAGGUUCGGAUUCUGGGAUUGAAACAAAACCUGCUCAGGUUCUGGAUGGCCGAGACUUUGACGUGAAGCGUUUUGGGUACUCCAUCUCAGGUGGUCUGGACAUAGAUGAGAACCACUAUCCAGACAUGGCGGUGGGGUCGCUCAAUAAUUCAGUGGUGCUCUUCCGGUCUCGCCCGGUCAUCCACGUAAUCCGGGAGAUAUCUAUCGAUCCGCAGUUCAUUGAUAUGGCUCAAUACAACUGUAGAGGCAGAGACGGAGUCUGCAUUGAGGUCAAGGCCUGCUUCAUCUUCUCAGCCCAUCCAGUCCACUACUCACCUCAUUUAACACUGGUGGUGCGCUUUGAAGCUGACACAGACCGCAGGAAGUUGGGCCUGCCGCACCGCGUCAACUUCCUGGGCGGCAGUUCCCUGGAGCCCGAGUACACUCAGACCGAGGAAGUGGAGCUCCAUCGCCAGAAGCACCCGGCGUGCACCACUGCUGUCUUCCAGCUCCAUGAGAACAUCCAAGACAAGCUGCGCCCCAUCUCCUUGUCCAUAACCCACACCAUCAAAGCUAUGCCUCCUCACCGACACGCCGGACCCAACAGGCUGGAGAAACUUCCUCCCAUGCUCAAUGUGUCGCCCUCCAACACGCUGCACUCGGAGGUGAACUUCCUUCGCGAAGGAUGCGGCAACGACAAAAUCUGUCAGAGCAACCUGAAGCUGAGCUACCGUUUUGGAACGCGACCCCUGACCUCUGACCUUUUCACUCCCCUGCCAAGAGACGAGGACAACGUCCAGGUGUUCUCCUUGUCCGACCAGCGCCUGGUGGUGCUGGAGAUCACCGUCACAAACAUGCCAUCAGACCCUCUCAGCCCAGAAGAGGACGGGGACGACGCCCACGCCGCACAGCUGCUUAUUUCGCUUCCGAAAACUCUGUCCUACGCCGGCUCCAGGGUGAAUUCCCAGAUGCGCUGUCAAGCCAACCAGAAUGGUUCUGAAGUAGAAUGCGACCUUGGGAACCCGGUUAAAAGAAACACGAAGUUAAAAUUCUCCAUCAACUUGAGCACGGCCGGCAUCACCAUCGAAACCACAGAGUUGACCGCUGACCUCCAGCUAACUACAAUCAGUGAGCAGCCUGACUUGGUGCCAAUCACAGCAAUGGCUAAAGUGGUGAUAGAGCUCCCCCUGUCUGUUAUUGGGCUGGCUCGCCCUCACCAACUGUUCUUCAGUGGCGCCGUUAAAGGCGAAAGCGCUAUGAACAGCUUGGAGGACGUCGGCAGCCGCGUUGACUUUGAGUUUGUGGUGGCCAAUCCAGGGCAGGCCCUGCAAACUCUCGGCUCCGCCUUCCUCAACAUCAUGUGGCCUCACGAGCUGGCCAACGGGAAGUGGCUGCUGUACCCGGCUAGCUUGAACUUUGAGGGUCACUCGGCCUCUCACUGCACGCCCGCCGGGGCCGUGAACCCGCUGAGUCUGCACAGACCUUGGCUUGCAGAACCCUCGCAGCCUCUCAAUCACACGCAGGCUGGACGGACUCGUCGCUCUCAUCCGGACCACGAAGGUGAAGAAAUGAUCAAAGGCAACGUGAAGCGAACUUCUCCUGCUGUGGCGGCUUCAGAAAGACGCAAGUCUCUUAAACUGGAUUGUCUCCUGGGUUCGGCGCGCUGCGUUCUCUUCCAAUGUCCUCUUCACAGCUUCUCCGGCCAGGCGGUGCUUAAGAUCCACGGCCGGCUGUGGAACAGCACCUUCAUCGAGGAGUUCCCGUCAGUCAGCGCCCUGGAGCUGCUGGUCAGAGCGGAAAUCACGGUGAAGUCCACCAUCAAACAUCUGGUGCUCAAGGAUGCUGCUGCUCAGGUUCCAGUGAUGAUCUACCCGGAACCAGGCCUAGCGGACCAGUACUCUAUCCCCUGGUGGAUCAUCCUCAUCGCCGUCUUGGCUGGCAUUCUUCUCCUGACCCUGUUGGUCUGCAUACUGUGGACGUGUGGCUUCUUCCAGCGGGCCCACCACAAAGACAAACUGCCUCAGCACCACGCCGUGAAGAUCCCCCGCCAAGACCGCCCCCAGUUCCAGACGGAGAAGUCUGGCGCUCAGGUGAAAAAGGAAUGGGCCACACACUGGAGCGACAGGACCUCAUAAGCUCCGCCCACCACCCCCAACUAAUGUGUCACUAGACGGAACUAAUGGACUAAGAACAAGCGUCGGCAUGCGCAGGUCAGCGCCGCCUCAUGACAAAGAUGAUGUCAGGACAUCGGUCUGUACAUGACGUUGAAGAGGAAUACUACUCUGUUUCGCCUUAACUGACGACUUGACGACUGUACGGACCUUUUUGUGUCCGACGGAUCUAACUUAGCUAUAACAAUGGAAAAUGUAUGUUGAGUUUUAAAAAAAAAAGGUGAGAAAAGUCGUUUAAAUACCAACACUAGUAGCACUUUUCUUUAAGAUCGUCAUGCUUCAUGCGUGAUCUUUUUUUCUGGGUUAUGUGGCGGCUGGAGCCUAUCCCAGCUAACCUACGUCCUGGACCGUUCUACCCGUAUGCUUUCACACAGAGAUCACUACUGUACAGAAUCCAGUGAAGGAGGGAUGCUUGCAUGCAGUAUUCUGAUACUCGGAGUGUCUGCUGUGACGUACACUAUAUUGCCAAAAUUAUUCGGCCACCUGCCUUGACUCACAUAUAAAAUAACCCAUAGGGUUCAGUAUGAUGUGUGUGCACCUUUUGCAGCUAUUACAGCUUCAACUCUUCUGAGAAGGCUGUCCACAAGGUUGCGGAGUGUGUUUAUAGGAAUUUUCCACCAUUCUUACAAAAGCGCAUUGGUGAGGUUGAUUGAGAAGGCCUGGCUCUCAGUCUCGGUUCUAAUUCAUCCCAAAGGUGUUCUAUCGGGUUCAGGUCAGGACUCUGUGCAGGCCAGUCAAGUUCAUCCACACCAGACUCUGUCAUCCAUGUCUUUAUGGACCUGGAACUAAGGGCCCAAGCCCAUCACCUGAAAAACCAACCCCACACCAUUAUUCCUCCUUCCACCAAAUUUCACACAAAAUGUACCGCACUACUGGCAACAUCCAAACCCAAACUGGUCCAUCAGAUUUCCUGAUGGAAAAGCGUGAUUCAUCACACCUGUGGCCGGGAAAAGUGAUUAGGACACCUGAUUCUGGCAAUAUAGUGUACGUCCAACAGUUUCUUCCAUUAUAAACAGGCCAGGGAAAUAAAGUCAGGAUGCGCUUUCACACAUGCACAGUUCCAGCCUCUUUUCCGACCCUGAUGCUACAUUUGAAGGUGCAAGGUUGUAUUUUACAGAACACCAAAGAACAGAAAAUAUGCCAGCUUUUAAAGGCUGUGUGAUGGUAAUUGGAAUUAUUUGGGGGGUCCUUUCACACAGGUGUUAUUCUGCCACGUUCACAACAUCGAAAAGUUGUUCAGUUUCUAGAUUGACUUCUGUCUAAUUUCGUGUCACACAGGAAAAAUGGCAGAUUCUACAUGCUUUGUGAAAGGGAAUGAUUACGGUAUUUUCCGGACUAUAAAGCUCACUUAAAAUCCUUUUUUUUCCCUCGAAAUUUAACAGUGCGCCUAAUGUACAGAAUAAUUCUGGUUUUGUUUACCAACCUCAAAGCAAUUUUAUUCAGUACAUGGUGAAAUGAUAAAUGAGACUAGUAGAUGGCAGUCAAACAUAAGAGAUAUGUGUAGACUGCAAUAUGACUCAAGUAAACAAGACCAGCAUUUUAUAUGUUCCACUGAAAGAAUAGAACAUUACACAAGGCGCUCAAAAAUCUAUCAAAAUGUUUUAGUUCGAUUUUGGUAAGCCAUGAAGCCACACCACUUGAUGGAUAUGAGUAUUAUUAUGGUGUGUGUAUUAGGUAAGACAUAUUGUCUGGCGUUUUGUUUUGCAAUACCAUGCAAAAGCAAGUUUUCUUACCUUGUGGUACCUGCUGAUCUGUAUUUGGGAUCUGCAUGAAUCCUGAAAAAUUGCGCGCAUCCGCAUUUGUAGUCUGUGGGACACCGUAAUUGAUAAGCUUGUUCUUUUUCUCUAUCUUCUUGUUAUGAGACAAUCAUCCUCCGCUGUGGCUAUUUCUAAUAUAGAGUAGUGUAAAGUUGUUACUUAUAUCUGUCAGUAAACUCGCAACAAGAGCGCUAACACAUACAGGUGUAGUGAGUUUACAUUAUUCACCCAAGGAACUUUGGUUAUUAGAGAGUUCCGGUCGGAGGGUUUUUCACGGGACACGCCUUGUAGUUGUUUCCGGAUGACGAGAUGCUGCGCCGUUAUUGAUUGAAGUAAAGUCUGAAUGUCAUUGAAACAGUUAGCGCCAUCUUUUGACACUUCUUCCACCUCCGUCCUUGCACGCUACACCGCGACAUCAAAGGCUUGAAGAUGAUCUGUAAAAAAUUAUCCAUGCAACAUUUUACCAAAGAACCACCAUCUCAGGUUAUGUAGACCACAAGAAAGUAUUUUACAUUUAGAAAAAAGUAAUAAUAAUAUGACUCCUUUAAUGCGCCUUGUAAUCCGGUGCGCCUUAUAUAUGAAAAAAAUAUUAAAAAUAUAUAAUUCGUCGGCAGUGCGCUUUAUAAUCCUGUGAGCCCUAUGUUCCGGAAAAUACGGUAGGACUGGUGAUCACUCCCUUGUUCAGGCAUUGUGGAAUACCCUUAUACACAGUUGCUGUCCUGAAGUUGCCAGAUUGACUUUUUGACUUACAUUUUGUGUCUGUGCCAUUUGCACUAAAGGAUAAAGUUAAUACGGAAUUCCCUUACAUACAGUUGUUACCCCGUUUCUUUUGUUGCUCCAAAAGAUCAAAAAUGUUGACAGGUUGACCUCUCAUUUUGUGCUGUUACCGUUUAUACAGAACAGUCGCACAUGAUGGAAAAACUGUUGCAGAGAGAGCUUUAGGUUGAAUAAAUGGUUGGGAUACCCUUUCACAAAAGCAGUGUCGCGCCUCUGUUAUGGCUCUGAUAAAAUUGCAAGGCUGACUUUGGCGUGUCGAUACUGUUUCUGCAGAACAAAACUGCUGUUCCAGGUAGGACAACAUAAUUAGGUCUAGUUUAGACUCCCCCGGUGCUUUCCCGGCUCUGUUACGGGUCUGAUACCCCUCAACUCCGAAAUGGUGGAAAGUUUACAGAAUUGGUUUUUCACUCCCGUUUUGUGUUAGUGCUUUUCAUACAGACUGAUAAAGUUUGAGGCUAUUGGUAGCUAAAGUCAUUGCGGAAUUUCCCUUGCACACAGAUGUUUUCCUGAUUCUUUGAUGGCUCUUAUCUAAAAGUUUAAAAUGGUCGACAGGAUGACCUGUUAUUUUUGUGUUGUUACCGUUUGUACAGAACAGUCACACAAGUUGUAAAAAUGCCGGCAACAGGAUGAGAGAGCUUCAGGUUGAAUAAGUAACUCGGGAUACCCUUUCACAAAAGCCUCUGUUACGGAUCUAAUAAAAUUGCAAGGCUGAUUUUAGCUGUCUCUUUGUGUGUCAGUACUGUUUUUGCAGAAAAGCGACACAGAAAAAAACUACUGUUCCAGGCAUGAAAAAAUAAUUCGGUCUGGUUUUGACUCCCACUGGUGCUUUCCCGGCUCUGUUACGGCUCUGGUACCCUUCAACUCCAAUAGUUGAAAGUAUACAGAAUUACUUUUUGACUCCCGUUUCGUGUCGGUGCUUUUUAUACAUACUGAUAAAGUUUGAGGCUAUGCGAUGGGAGGUAAAGUCUUUGCUGACGUUCCCUUACACACAGAAGUUUCCCCGCUUCUUUUUUGGCGCUGAUCCAAAAGCUCAAAAGGUCGACAGGUUGACCUCCCCUUUUGUGCUGUUACCAAUUUUACAGAACAGUUGCACAAGUUGGAAAAAUGCUGGCAACAGGAUGAGAGAGCUUUAGGUUGAAUAAAUGACUGAGGUUAUCCUUUCACACAAACAGUUUCUGGCCUCUGUUAUGGUUCUGACAAAAUUGCAAGGCUGACUUUGGUGUGUCGGUACAGUUUCUGCAGAAAAAAAAACUGCUAAUCCAGGCAUGAAAAAAUAAUUAGGUCUGGUUCUGACUCCCCUUGGUGCUUUCCGGCUCUGUUACGGGUCUGGUACCCCUCAACUCCAAAGGUGGAAAGUUUACAGAUUGACUUUUUGACUCCCGUUUUGUGUCGGUGCCGAUUAUAUGGACAGAUAAAGUUUGAGGUUAUGUGAUCGGAGCUAAAGUCAUUGCGGAAUUUCCCCUUCCACACAUAUGUUUUCCCGCUUCUUUUAUGGCUCUGAUCUGAAAGCUUAAAAAGGUCGACAGGUUGACAUGUCAUUUCGUGUUGUUACCGUUUAUACAGAGCAGUCGCACAAGUUGUACAAAUGCUGACAACAGGAUGAGAGAGCUUCAGGUUGAAUAAGUAACUGGGGGUACCCUUUCACACAUGCCUUACAGAUCUGGUAAAAUUGCAUGGGUGACUUUAACUCUCUCUUUGCGUGUCGGUGCUGUUUCUACAGAAAAGCGACAGAAAAAAAACUGCUGUUCCAGGCAUGAAAAAAAUAAUUCGGUCUGGUUUUGACUCUGUUACGGCUCUGAUACUCCUCAACUCCAAUGGUUGAAAGUUAACAGAUUUACUUUUUGACUCGCGUUUUGUGUCCGAGCCGUUUAUAUGGACUGAUAAAGUUUGAGGCUAUUGGUAGCUAAAGUCAUUGCAGAAUUUCUCUUGCACACAGAUGUUUUCCCGCUUCUUUUAUGGCUCUGAUCUAAAACCUCAUACAGGUCGACAGGGUGACCUCUCAUUUUGUACUGUUACAGUUUAUACAGAACAGUCGCACAAGUGGAAAAAAAGCCGGUAAUCGAGUGAGAGAGCUUCUGGUUGAAUAAAUGACUGAGGUUAUCCGUUCACACAAGCGGUGUCCUGCUUCUGUUAUGAUUCUGAUAAAAUUGCAAGGCCGACUUUGGCGUGUCGGUACUGUUUCUGCAGAAAAAAACUGCUGUUUCAGGUAUGAAAAAAUAAUUAGGUUUGGUUUUGACUCCCCCUGCUCCUUUCCCGGCUCUGUUACGGCUCUGAUACCCAUCAACUCCAAAAGUUGAAAGUUUACAGAUUUACUUUUUGACUCCCGUUUUGUGUCGGUGCCUUUUUUACGGACUGAUAAUGUUUGAGGCUAUUGGUAGCUUAUGUCAUUGCAGAAUUUCCCUUGCACACAGAUGUUUUCCCACUUCUUUUAUAGCUCCGAUCCAAAAGCUCAAAAAGGCUGCAAGAGUAACCUACCAUUUUGUUUGCUGUUCCCAUUUCUGCAGAACAGUCACACGUGGCUAUCAUAGGCUGCCAGUAAGGACGAUGCGUCCCGACUGUGUUACAGUUCUGAUACUACCUCCAAAAAGGUGCAAAAUUGCCAGGUUCACUUCGGCUUUCCCGUUGUGUGUCGGUACCGUUUCUACAGAACAGUGACACAUAAACAAUCUAGUGUCUGGUGUGGAACGUCACUGCUGUUCAGGUAUUGUUAAAAAAAACCUUUACACACAGGUGCUGUCCUGCCUCUGUUACAGCUCAAAUACUACCUCCAAAAAGUGGAAUAUUGUCAACGCAACAUGUUGCCUCCUGUUUUGCGUGCAUGCCGUUUAUACUGACAAACAGAAGACGGGAACAAUGGCGGUUUCCACAUGAAAAGAGCUAAAGUCCUGUUCAUUCAGAGACUGUCAAAACUUACUAUCUGGAAUGUUGACUGACAGCUGUCAUUUGUAGACCAAGGAACCUGAGGUCAAAGUUCAAGACAGUGCAUGUUUGUUUUGGCACUUUUUCUACACUUUUCAACAAGUCUUUGUAUUAGUCAGAGUCACAAAAAAACUGGUUAAACAGUUCAAAGGAGGGGUGUCCCGAUACAUUUUCACUUUCGAUACAAUACCAGUGUACCUGUAUUAUUUUCUACUGUGGAAUGUUGGAAGGGUGAAGUGAAAAGAGUCACAGAAUAAUGAAAAGCAAGAACCUGUUUAUUAUUAACUGUCCGGAAUGGUCUUGUGCUGUCUUUAAAAGGAAGUUGAAUGGGAAUUAUGUCAGCGGGCACGAUAAUUCUUCAAGUUAAGACCAUAAGUUAAGACUCAGUUGAAUGAUGCAGACACGUUUGUUGCUAGUUACUUUCUUCUUUUUUUUUUGCAAACAUUUGUUUAUUGGUUUUAGACUGCAAUAUUGUCCAAUUAAGGACAAUUAUUAUGGAUGCUAGCUUGUGUGCUAUUGUAUGCUUAGCUGUUGUGUAGCUGCUAGCUCCUAGUCGCCUCAAUCCGACAAUAUUUACCUUUUGCAAUAUAUACAAUAUAUGACCAACCUUGUGUGUUAACUGGAUGAUAUUUAGAUGUCAACUGGCUUUAUUGGAACAUUUAUCGGACAGUUUUGAAGCAAGCAGAUAUACAAAUAUGGUAAAUAAAAACAAAAUACAAUGAUUUGCAAAUCCUUUUCAACUUCUAUUAAAUUGAAUAGACUGCAAAGAGAAGAUAUUUAACGUUCGAAAUGGUAAAGGUUGUUAUUCUUUGCAGAUAUUAGCUCAUUUGGAAUUUGAUUCCUGCAACAUGUUUCAAAAAAGCUGACACAAGUGGCAAAAAAGACUGAGAGAGUUGAGGAAUGCUCAUAAAACACUUAUUUGUAACAUCCCACAGGUGAGCAGGCUAAUUGGGAACAGGUUGGUGCCAUGAUUGUUAUGAAAGCAGCUUCCAUGAAAUGCACAAACAGUGAUGGGGCGAGGGUCAUCACUUUGUCAACAAAUGCGUGAGCAAAUUGUUGAAAAGUUAAAGAACAACAUUUCUUAACCACCUAUUGCAAGGAAAUUUAGGGAUUUCACCAUCUACGGUCCGUAAUAUCAUCAAAAGGUUCAGGGAAUCUGGAAAAAUCACCGCACGUAAGCGGCAAACGUGGAUUGCCCGUGACCUUCGAUCCCUCAGGCGGUACUGCAUCAAAAAGCGACAUCACUGUGUAAAGGAUAUCACCACAUGGGCAUUGGAACGCUUCAGAAAACUACUGUCAGUAACUACAGUUCAUCGCUACAUAUGUACGUGAAAGUCAAAACUACUAAUCAAAGCGAAAGCCAUUAAUCAACAACACCCAGAAACGCCGCCAGCUUUGCUGGGCCAGAAGUCAUCUAAGAUGGACUGGUGAAAAGUGGAAAAGUGUUAUGUGGUCUGACAAGUCCACAUUUCAAAUAGUUUUUAGAAACUGUGGACGUUGUGUCCUCCGUACCAAAGAGGAGAAGAACCAUCCAGACUGUUAUAAGCGCAAAGUUCAAAAGCCAGCAUCUGUGAUGGUAUGGGGGUGUAUUAGUGCCAAAGGCAUGGGUAACUUACACAUCUGUGAAGGCACCAUUAAUGCUGAAAGGUACAUACAGGUUUUGGAGCAACAUAUGUUGCCAUCCGAGCAACAAUAUAAUGGACGCCCCUGCUUAUUUCAGCAAGACAAUGCCAAGCCACGUGUUACAACAGCAUGGCUUUGUAGUAAAAGGGGGAGGGUACUAGAUGGGCCUGCCUGUAGUCCAGACCUGUCUCCCAUUGAAAAUGUGCGGCACAUUAUGACCUAAAAUACCACAACGGAGACCCCGGACUGUUGAACAACUUAAGCUCUACAUCAAGCGAGAAUGGGAGAAAAAAUCCACCUGAAAAACUUCAAAAAUGUGUCUCCUCAGUUCCCAAACAUUUACUGAGUGUUGUUAAAAGGAAAGGCCAUGAUACACAGUGGUAAAAAUGCCCCUGUGACAACUUUUUUGCAAUGUGUUGCUGCCAUUAAAAUCCAAGUUAAUGAUUAUUUGCAACAUACAUCCAUUUUCUACCGCUUUUCCCGUUCGAGGUCGCAGGGGGCCUCUGGAGCCUAUCUCAGCUACAUUCGGGCGGAAGGCGGGGUACACUCCGGACAAGUCGCCACCUCAUCACAGGGAAAAAAACAGUUCUCAGCUUGAACAUUAAAUAUCUUGUCUUUGCAGUCCAUUAAUGAAAAGGAUUUGCAAAUAAUUGUAUUCUCUUUUUAUUUACCAUUUACACAACGUGCCAACUUCACUGGUUCUGGACUUGUUUUUUGCUGAUGUUCCAUAUCAAUAUGGGAUCAGGACAUCCCUAGUUUAAAUGUAUGAAUGUGCAAUGUUUUGUUCCACCUUUAACCCAAUAGACAUUAGUUUUUUUGUGAAUGUAACUCUCAUCAUUUUAUUAUAUUUGAUGAGCUGUUUUAAACUUCCAUGGUCGUCAUGACUGCGGAAGGAAAACCAUAUACGUCCGCUCUAAAAUGCCACCUGUAGCGUAAGAUUGCAAAAUCUAUAAGUAGAGUUUUGAUUUGGUAUUCUUGCUCGGUGUAAAUACUGGUGUGAGGUUUAGAUGAUUUGUGCAGAAAAAAAAAAGAAUAUAUUGUGUUUGAUUUAAAUCAACCUGCUUGUCACUAACUGUGUUUAUCCAGCAGAUGGUAAAUUGCAUGCAAAGUGCCUUAAGCGUCCCAGCACAUGUUGUGAGGUUGUGACAUCACGCCCGGAUGAGGCGUGGGAUGGAUGACAUGGUGGCAAACUGCAUGGAGAGCCCCGCUUGUGUUACUUGCUAUUGCUGGACAAUCUUAUUCAAUAUUGUAUUAACUGCAUAAAGGAACCCCAACCCUCACUGAUGACCCCUUUUUUCCAAUGUCCCCCGUCAGCGACUUAUUUUUUUUUGUUUGUUGCUUGGCUGCAUUGGAACAGCAUUGUAAAUACAAAUUAAAGGAAAUAAAGUAAGACUUUAACAAAGUGUUAUUUUACACAUACAA